UACACAGCACGGUAAGCAGUAAGUGAAGUUAAGUGCAGCUACGGUUUCUCAAGAUGUCUGCAGAUAUUUAUGUCAAUGCAGAUAUGUCAAAGAAGGUGAGAUACAACAGAAAUGUGCAGAAGGACAAAGAAAAGUGGGAGGAAAGGGAGGUGGUAAUAUACGAGACCCCAGAUGCUAUCAGAGAUGAUCAAACUGAUAAUCAGUCACACGGAGGAGGACCAGACACUGAGAGACAUCCUCCAGCUGUCCAAAGGAAGACUUUCAGGGCUGCAGCACUCUGUCUGGCAGUGCUCUGCUUUCUGAUGAUGACUGGAAUCAUCCUCUUAUCUGUAAACUUCACUUUACUGCAGACCAGCUACAACCAACUGAGCAACAACUACAGUCAGUUACAGGAUGAAGUAAAGCAGCUGAAGAACAGAACUGAAGAGAAGAGCUGUGCUGAUGGAGGGAUGAGAUUUGGAUACAGUUGGUACUUUAAAUCUAAAGACAACAACACUUGGUCUGGAAGCAGAGCUGACUGUCAGCAGAGAGGAGCAGAUCUGGUCAUCAUAAACAACAAAGAGGAACAGAAGUUUGUCUCUGAGCUGAGUAAGGAUGGAGAGUCCUGGAUUGGUCUACGGUAUGAUUUCAUACAAGAAGAUUGGAAAUGGGAAUGGGUGGAUGGAUCACCGCUGACAGAAACGUUCUGGCCAUCAGGACCGACUCAGCAAGGUUACCUGAAUGUUGCAACAUGCUGCGAUCAAGAAGGAAAAUGGACACAAAGAUCUAAUUCUGAUAAUAAAAACGGAAUCUGUGAGAAAAAUAUUCUCUGAACUCUUUGAUGACAGAGAGUUGUAUAGUGUUGGGAUCAGCUUUGUCAAAUCUGACCAAUUCUUUAACAUUUGCUCAGCUUUUUAUUCUGUGUUGCUAAAUAACCUGGAUUACAGAGAUAUUGUUCCUCUGCCCUUUUUUUUUAUUUUCUAUCUCUUUCAUGAAAGUUUUCAUUGCUCUUUAAUGUUUGACGUAAAGCGUUUUGAAUUGUAUUGUUGCUGAA